CCUCCGUCUUCACCGGCCGCGAUGGACGGCGCGCCGUCGUCUCUAGCGAAGGCGCAACAGACAGAGCUGUUCCGCUGCACGCCGACGUCAGCUCAGCUCGGCGCUGAGGCGGAGCUACCAAACACAAACGCGCACGCACCAGACAUGCUACCUACUACCCGUCCACCUCGCCCUCCUCCGGGAGUCUCUCCAGCUACGAAAUCCAAUUAAAUGCGCAGAGAGAGGGGAGGGGUAGGAGGCGAGGCCGGGCGAGAGGCGUGCGGGGGAGCCAUCCAUGGCGGCCACGGCGAGGGGGAGCGUGUGGGAGAUCCAGCCGCGGGACGUGGAGACGGCCGCGGGGUUGUCUGCGGCCGACGCGGGCGCCUUCGUCGCGGCGCUCCGCUCCGCCGUCAGCGCCGGCGGCGCGGCGUCCGGUGGGCCUGACGCCGUGUGGGAGGCCGUGGCGGCGGCGGGGGUGAUGCGGCCGGAGCACCCCCACGCGCUCCACCAGCUCGUCUACUACUCCGUCUACGCCGGCUGGGACCGCGCCGCUCGGGGCCCGCCGCCGUACUGGUUCCCGUCGCGGAUUGACACUAAGCAAACAAAUCUUGGUAGACUGAUGGAAGCAAAUGGACCUAGGGUGUUAGGAUCAUCAUAUAAGGACCCAACUUCAAGUUUUCACCUUUUCCACAAGUUCUCUGUAGAGCAUCAAGAGGCCUACUGGUCAAUGGUGCUGAAGGAGCUCUCCAUCAAGUUCCAACAAGAACCAAAGUCAAUUCUAGAUGCAUCAGAUAAAUCAAGGAAAGGGGGAACAUGGUUCCAAGGUGCAGUGCUUAAUAUUGCUGAAUGCUGUCUGCUACCUUGGCCUUCCCAGAACAGGACAGAUGACAGCACAGCUAUUGUUUGGAGGGAUGAGGGUCUUGAUGAUUAUCCAGUGAAUCGUAUGUCAUUGAAGGAGCUUCGUGAUCAAGUGAUUACAGUUGCUACUGUGCUUGAUACCAUGUUCCAAAAGGGGGAUCGAAUUGCAAUAGACAUGCCUAUGACAUGCAAUGCAGUCAUCAUAUAUUUGGCUAUUGUUCUGGGUGGUUAUGCUGUUGUAUCAAUAGCAGACAGUUUUGCACCUCAGGAGAUUGGUACUCGCAUGAGUGUGUCAAAGGCUAAAGCAAUUUUUACUCAGGAUUUCAUAGUAAGAGGAGGGAAGAAGGUUCCACUAUACAGCCGUGUUGUGAAAGGGACUUCAUCUAAAGCUAUUGUAAUCCCUGCAUCUGGAGGCUUUCUUGGAGUUGCACUAAGGAAUGGUGAUGUGUCCUGGGAAGAUUUUCUUUCUCGUGCUGCUGGAAGUCCGUCCAUUUAUCCCACAGUUUAUCAAUCUUCUGCCGCACUAACUAAUAUACUAUUUUCUUCAGGGACAACUGGAGAACCAAAAGCUAUCCCAUGGUCACAACUUUGUCCAAUAAGAUGUGCAUCUGAUACAUGGGCGCAUUUAGAUAUCCGGCCACAGGACAUAUUUUGUUGGCCUACUAAUCUUGGAUGGGUUAUGGGACCUAUACUCUUGUACUCAUGCUUUUUAAGUGGUGCAGCGUUGGCUCUGUAUCAUGGAUCACCACUUGGACGUGGUUUCUGCAAGUUUGUACAGGAUGCUGGUGUUACUGUAUUAGGAAGUGUGCCUAGCUUAGUGAAGUCAUGGAAAGCUGGGAAUUUUACUAAAGGGCUUGACUGGACCAAAAUCAGGGUACUCUCCACAACAGGAGAGGCUUCUGAUAUUGAUGAUGAUCUUUGGCUAUCUUCUCGUGCCUCUUACAAGCCCAUUAUUGAAUGCUGUGGUGGUACUGAGCUAGCAUCGUCAUACAUUCAAGGCAGUCUUUUGCGUCCACAAGCUUUUGGAGCUUUUAGUGGCGCAUCCAUGUCCACUGGGUUUGUCAUACUUGAUGAACAAGGAACUCCAUAUCCUGAAAAUGUACCUUGUGCUGGAGAAGUGGGCCUCUUCCCUUUGUAUUUUGGUGCUACGGAUCGGCUUCUCAAUGCUGACAACAACAAGGUUUAUUUUGAUGGAAUGCCCAUUUACAAUGGAAGGCAACUUCGACGGCAUGGAGAUAUAAUCCGAAGGACAGUUGGUGGUUACUAUGUUGUACAGGGAAGAGCAGAUGACACUAUGAAUCUUGGAGGAAUUAAGACAAGUUCAGUGGAAAUAGAGAGGAUAUGUAAUAGAGCCGAUGAGGCUCUACUAGAAACAGCAGCAGUUAGCAUUAAACCUGCUGGUGGGGGACCAGAGCAGCUGGCUAUCUUGGCUGUGCUAAAAGAUAGAUCGGCACCAUGUGAUGCAAAUGUUCUAAAGAGCAAGUUCCAGAGAGCAAUCCAGAAGAACCUUAAUCCUCUUUUCAAGGUGAGCUAUGUCAAAAUAGUUCCUGAGUUCCCAAGAACAGCUUCGAACAAGCUGCUAAGAAGAGUACUGAGGGAUCAGCUGAACAAAGAACUCUCAAAUCGCAGCAAGCUAUGACCAAUGUGAGGUAUUAAACAACAACAACAACAACAGUACCCUUUAGUCAGAAGCAAGGAAAGGAUGAAACCCAAGCCUGAACCAUACGAAUGAUAAGGGUAAUUCAGCGUCUCUUCAAAAUGCCUUCUUGCGUGUCAAAGUGUAUUGAAUUAUCAGUGCGUCAAAAAAAAAACUGCAACUUGAAUAAACAGUUAUGGUUCAUGGGAGUGUAUAGAGAAUUUCCGGAUUCUCCCUCUUUGAAUUUGAAUAAAAUGUUAUUAAAUUCUGAGGACGUUCCAUGAGCAGCGGGUUGAAAAAGUGACAUUUUCCAUUGGGGAUUGUACUAUUUUCAGCUUGUAAUAAGGUGAUGGCAUGGUACUUGAUUUUUUUUUUUUUGGGGGGGGGGGGGGGGGC